GCCUCGUCCGUAACCUCGAAGUUCACAAGUCCUUACGGCGACGAGCAGGGUCACGAACAGAAGUACAAGAUCGCUGUAUAGUUGAUUUUGCAGUGAGGCAAGUGAUAUCCAGCGUGCUCUCCGCAGAACCCAUACAUUCGGGACCCAUACAUAUAUGCGAGCUGCGCGGUGCAGAUGAGAUAUGCCCUGGGUGGCAUCCAGGCGAACCGAACUCAUGCUACAAGAAGCCGAGACAACAUAUUCCAAGGCCGCCAAGAGUGAAUUGCAUGGCGACUUUGAUCGGGCAUUUGGACUCUACGUGAAGGCGGCCGAAGCCUUCCUGCACUUGGGUCAGAUCAGUGAUGAUGCACGACAACGUUCUCGCUGCAAAGACCACGCUGCAAAGGCGUUAGAACGUGCAGAGAAGAUUAGGCAGGCUCGGCCGGAAUUGAGACCGCCCACAAGACAUCAUUUCGCCGAGCAAGAACAAUUGUAUGUGUUGAGGAAGUCGUCCCUUGUGAAUAAUGUUCGCUUCUCCCUGUGGGACGAAGACGCAACUAUGACGCGCGACACAAGGCACCCCGCGCUAUCGCCUGACCAACGGCGACAUUCAGCGGUCUGGAACAAGGUUGAUAUCAGCCAAGUGGGUCUGGCAAGCUCACCUCUCGAGCCGCAAGAUAUCGCCCAACAUAUCGUCACGGAUUGCUCCGUAUGUGGUGCAAUAGCCGUGUGUAUAUGUCAUAAUCAGCGCUUUCAAACCGAGCUCGGUCAGUCAUGUUUGCAUCCGGAGGAAGGCAGCCAGUCAGCCCAGGAAUCGAGCUCUGUCAUCUAUCACGUUCGUCUGCUAUUCAAUGGAGCAUACCGACGCGUAGCUAUCGACGACCAGCUCCCCCAAUAUCCUGACAGAACCCUCUUGUGUCUAUCUACGGGUAACAAACGACAAACUUGGCCAUCACUCCUGGAGAAGGCGUACAUGAAGCUCAUGGGUGGCUAUGACUUCCCUGGCUCUGAUUCAUGUGUAGACCUACACGCGCUCGCGGGAUGGGUACCCGAACAUGUGAAUCUGAGAUCCUCGACUUCUCAACGGGAGCGCUUGUGGGCCCGCAUCUCACAGGGCUUUUAUAACGGCUCAUGCAUGCUCACCCUGGGAACUGGCGAGAAUGCCAGUGGUCUAUGUUGGGACGAUAUUUGCCUACUUCCUGCUCACUGCUAUGCCAUCAUUGACGUUUCAUCAAGCCCCAGCAAGCGGGAGAUGACCAUUCUAGACUCCUGGGCUCACUCGGGGUCCGGCCUUAUGAACGGGCAUGACUCUGAUCCUAAGCGGGAAUCGACAAACACCUUCAAGCUUUCGUGGGACGCAGUAUGCAACAUCUUCGACGGUGUCUAUCUUAGUUGGGAUCCAGGUAUAUUUGAACGCCAAAUUACGUUCCAUGGAACAUGGACAGCCGGAACCAUGUCCCUCAAAGAAGAUGCUGCGUACUCAUGCCACUUUCAGCUGCAGUUGCGAACAGGAAUCAGUAAGGCCCAACGAGGUGACGAAGACAUCUGGGUGCAGUUGACGCGCCAUGUCUCGGAUACCCGGCGCACCUCCGAGUACAUUUCUCUGCUUGUUAAUGGCGAUGAAGAGCCGAGUCGAUCGUCUCUGGAAAUCAACCCCUCGACGUUGAAGGGUGAAUAUACCAACAACCUUCAUACCCUCGUGCGAUACACCGCGUCGCAAGCCGAUCAGGUGUUGCAUCUAGUGGCUGCUUACGAAGGACGACUGAGCGAAGUCGGCUUCACUAUCACUGUGUAUUCUAAUACGGAUGUGUCUUGGAUAGAAGAGAUACCCAAGGCGAUGUACUCGAAGGAGUUUGACGGAGAGUUCGGCUCCAAGAAUGCUGGCGGCCACCAUGGUCAUCCGACGUUCAUGGACAAUCCUCAGUAUCACCUACGAAUAUACCCGGGAGAGUCACCGUCGGCCGCAAAUACCAAAGCCGCCACGUCAAUCGUCCUGCAAAGCUCCAGACAUAUCCCAAUCAACGUCUCGCUAGUGUGGUCCAAGGGAGAGCGUAUUGCCGAGAUGGGUCACAAUGAGUUGGCUGCGCACUCCGGUCCAUAUGGCUUCGGGUACGCGAACGUGGCGCGUGACCUGUCGGCGGGCGACUACACUCUCGUCUUAUCCUCUUUUGAACCGCAGCAACUUGGAUCGUUCAAGCUACGCGUGGAGAGCCAAUCACGUUUCGAGCUCACGCCCAUAUCUCAGGAAGGCGCCGGCAUGUUCAACAAGGUCAUACGUGGGGCGUGGACCACGGAGACCGCCGGCGGGGGUCCAAGCUCGAGUCGGUACGCAACAAACCCGCUCUACGAAGUGCAGGUCGACACAACCACACAACUCAAAGUACGGCUGCAACUCUUGGAGACCACCCCGCCCGCCUCUAUCAAUGUCUCCCUCUUCGAGCACAAGGCGCCUCGCAACUCGCUGAAAACAACGUCGGGACCGUACUCCGAUGGCGUCGCAGGCGUAGCCACGCCGCAGGUCGCGCUGCAGCCAGGCACAUACCACGUCGUGCCCUCGACGUAUAACCCUGGGCUGCUUCGCGCGUUCAAGCUCAUAUUCUACAGCAGCGCCGCGGUCAAGAUCUCUGCGGUCACGCGUGCCUGAUGUGACUUACGUUGGCUGCAGUCAUUCCACACCUCGCUGGCGGCGGAAGGAGGGCGACGUGAGGAUGUAUUCGUUCACGCGUUUGAGUGUAGCUCGAGAAGGGUUGGCCUCCGGCCUGCUCGAUAUGAUCCACUGUAGCUUUGUACUGAUGGACCGUUUCGUCGCCGUAUUUCCUAGUCAAGAAUUGUAACUCAGUUGCGACAUGCAAUGUGCCGAUAGACCUACGCAAUGUAUCCCGUUCCCCGUGUGUAGCCACAAACGCGCCUUUGUCGUCGAAGAAGAGCUGGAGCGCCGCGAGAGCGACGCCCACGCUUGCGUCCUGGCCGUUGUCGCAGCAGACGCAGACGCAGUCUCCUCUGGAUAGGCAGCCCUCGAUGAACGCCAUGGAUCGAGGAAGGAU